CAGCUCUGAUGAUUUUGCACUGUGCACAGCAUUGAAACUUCAGUCAAGGAUGUUGAGGAUGAGUAUUCUCAUUUAUUACACACUCGCAGUGGAAACAUAAAGCAUGAAGCACAGGUGGUUGGAUGAAGAAAUGGAUGGUGACCUAUUGCUUGCCUCUAUCUUUGCUCUGUAGAGAGAGUGAGGAUAUAUAUAAGCAUUAUAAUUCUACUAACAAUUCACAGUUCUUGCAAUCUAUUGGAACUGUGAGAAGUUCUAUGGAAGACGAAUAAGUGAAAUAAUAGAGCUGAACCGAACAAGCAGCUGCCUCUGUCUCCUGAAACUUUUCUAGCCAUGAAUGAUGUCAGUGGAACCAUGCUCCCUUCUGAAACAAUGCCAAUUGGAGGGGAAAAUUUGUCACUGUUCUCCUGUCUAAAUGACUCUGUAGAAGAUUUCAAGUCAGAUCAAUCUUCUUUGCCUGGGUGCAAUGGAACAUUGUAUAACUCCGAACAGCGCCCUCCUUUGCUCGUGGAUGCCUGGUUGGUUCCCUUCUUCUUUGCUUUGAUCAUGUUGGUGGGACUUGUGGGUAACUCUCUGGUCAUAUAUGUAGUAACCAAGCACAGACAGAUGAGAACGGUCACCAACUUCUACAUAGCAAACCUUGCUACAACGGACAUCACCUUUCUGGUAUGUUGUGUGCCUUUUACUGCCACUCUUUACCCACUGCCAAGCUGGGUGUUUGGUGAUUUCAUGUGCAGAGGAGUAAACUAUCUACAACAGGUGACAGCACAGGCAACCUGUAUAACUCUGACCGCAAUGAGCGUCGACCGUUGCUAUGUGACAGUAUAUCCACUUCAGUCACUACGACAUCGCACUCCUCGCUUAGCCAUGGCUGUUAGCCUGGGUAUUUGGAUAGGCUCCUUUGCAUCAUCCAUUCCUUUUGGAAUGUACCAGAAACUGAGUACUGGUUACUGGUAUGGACCACAGACCUACUGCAUAGAAGCUUUCCCUACAGUCAUCCAUCAGAAGGCUUUCAUACUAUACACUUUUCUCGCAGUGUAUCUUUUACCACUUCUAACAAUUUGUGUAUGCUAUGCUUUCAUGCUGAAGAGAAUGAGCAGACCUGUUGUAGAGCCCAUUGACAACAACUACCAGGUUCAGCUUUUGGCAGAGAGAUCUGAGGCAGUGCGAGCAAAGAUAUCCAAAAUGGUGGUGGUGAUAGUCCUGCUUUUUACCAUAUGUUGGGGGCCAAUCCAGCUAUUUAUUUUGUUUCAAGCAUUUGAUUCCAAUUUCCAGCAAAGUUAUGAAACCUACAAACUAAAGAUUUUUGCUCAUUGUAUGUGUUACUCUAACUCAUCUGUCAAUCCCAUUGUGUAUGCGUUCAUGGGGGCAAACUUCAGGAAGUCAUUUAAGAAAGCCUUUCCAUUCAUUUUCAAGCCAAAAGUCAAGUGCAUCACUGGAGCAGUUGGUAACACAGAAAUGCAUUUUAUAUCAUCAGGAACUUGACUUGUCCAAUCAAAGCACUCUUUUUUUUAGUCUGACUCUGCACUACUAAGGCUCUGUCCUACAAAUAUUUAAAAGCUUUUAAUAAAUAGUGAUAGGGUUGUGGAAAUUAUUCAUUUGGCAAUAUAUGUAAAUUCUAUGCAUCGCCUAUGUAUUGGGAGCUGUACCCUGUUUUCUGCCACCUGUAUAAAUUCUUAGAAUGUUUUUUAGGUGAUAUGUCUUAGAUUGUGUAAUAUUUUGCCUCCAAGAUGUGAAUGUUAUGUGUUUUUAAAAACAUUGAAAUUGCAAACAAUGCAAAUGCCAUGCUUCUGUGUCUUACCCUAACUGUUUAUUCAAGUGUAUUAUUUACAGCAUAUUGUUCAAGUACAGUAUGUAUCUUUUGAUGCAGCAAAGAUUUUGCACACAGUAAUACACUACAACAAUACUAAAAUAGUAUGUUCACCCAUAUUUCGGGGAAGAAUGUUGGGUAAACCUGCCUCCUUCUUAUCUUUUGGGGACAUUGGUGUUGAGGUGCCCUCUGUUGCCUUAUGAGAAAUGUUAUGUCUAAUCGCCAUUAGCAACUGGGAAUAAUUGUACAUAUAUUUAUAUAUAUAUAUAUAUAUA